AUGGCGGUCGAAGAUCCCGAAACUCAAAUCUGGAGAAAACCCAUCAUACCUCCAGACUCACUCACCCAAAUCUGGGCACGUCUCCCUAUCAAAUCUCUCUACAAAUUCCGAUCCGUCUGCAAACUUUGGAAUUCCCUAAUUUCCUCCGACCCUCUCCUAUCCGAUCUCCGCCACCGUUUCUCCCAUUCUCUCGCUCCUCUACCGCAUCUCCGACCACCAAAUCUCCUCCUCUUCCUCCGCCACCUCACCGAUGAACCUGUCAAAGUUCCCGACCGCCCGGUUCAGAUGUCAACCCGGCCCAUGGAAGAGCUCUUCCGGUUCGAGCGGGAUCCAAUUACUCGUUCCAUCAGAAACGGGUUCACCCCUUACGUUGAUUUCUCUCUAAGUUUUCUCCCGUCGAAGGGCCCAUUAGUUUGUUUCGCUGCGAAUCAGUAUUUUUAUCUUUGUAACCCUAGCACCCAGGAAUUCCUCCGCCUUUCUCCAGGGCAGAAUGGUAAUUCCGUCACCUCUAACGGGGCUUUUGGGUUUUUGGUUGAUGAGAAUCGGUAUGUUCUAGUCGGGCUAAAAGGUGAAAAGUGUGAGUUUUUUGAGUUCGGGCCGGGUCUAGCAGGGUCGGGUUCAUGGCGUGUGAUCAAACAGAAGUGUCCAGUUGAGGUGAGCCGGUUUGGGUUAAUGGUUAACAGAGAGUUUUACUGGACAGUUGCUGACGGGCCGGGUUUCGCGGUGUGUUUGGAUGUGAAAGAAGAAGAGUUCAGAGUGAUUCCACCCCCUGAAGGAAAUGAAAACGAGGUUAUAUUAUAUGACAUGUUAUAUUUGGUUGAAUUUAAAGGGUGCUUGUGUGCUGUUGACAAUUUUUCGAGGCCAUCAAGGAUGGAAAUUUGGGUGUUGAAUCGAAUUGAGGAUGAAUUUAGUUGGAAUAGAAAGUUUAACAUUUUUAUCUCUGGAAUGGCUAGAGAUAUUGUGUAUCCAUUUUGCGAUUACGAGGGUGAAAAUGGGGGAGAAAUGGUGUUGUGUAAUGAGACAAGAAACAGGCUUUAUUGUUACAAUUUGAAGAACCGGAGCAUUAAGCAGGUUUACCGCCCUAAAAACCGGACCAAUGAUCGCCUAGCUGUGUAUACUCCUGGUCUUUUCCCUCUUUCCAUUGCUGGUUAA